UGGACUGACUGUAGCCGGAACGGACAGGCUCAGCAGUAGGCUUCAACAAGACGUGGCCAAGUGCUCAUCGCGUUUGCAAACCGGGCAAUUGUCAACUACACUAGUGGGCUUGCGCACAUGUGUACAUUCCGUUCACAAGAUUCGGACUCUGAUUUCUCUGUGUUUGUUUUAUGAUGUGAUUGAAUAGAAGGCAACAUCAGUGAGGCCUGUUUGUGUCUAGGUGUACCUGUAUUUGGUCUCCCCGCCCCCCUUCAUUGUGUGCCACCAUGGCACACGCAUAUACAGACAUGUAUGUCAGGGUUUUAUUGUCAAUUGUGGCAUCCUUGAUAUGAAGUGGUACAUGUACAUGCGUGCCCCUGAGAUUGGUUUAAUUGCUUUUACAACUGUGGACCCCGCACACACGCUGCCAUCCGUAGACGCAGUGUCGCUCUCGCCCGCACGCUGGGGAUGGAUUACAUUGAGGCUUUCAACCAGAAACUGAUGGUCUUGGCUCACGUCACUGUGGUCGGUGAUGAGAAGUCGGACGAUUUUCAGCUGCUCUCGUCUCCGCUGGACACGCCAACUCAGGACGAACUGCUCACCCCGCUGGCACGGCUUCAGAAGUACGCCAACACCGACAAUGGCUUCAACAGACAAACGGCAACAAGGAUCUUACUGGAAGCCUUGCGGACACUCUGUGACCAGGAGGAACGGGACAUGGCCCUGGACACCAUGUUGCGACUCUCAGAGGACCAGGAGCCUAUGGUCCGAGCCGAGUUGAUGGAACAGAUUCCUCACAUUGCCAUGCUGUGCCAAGAAAAUCGUGGCUUCUUCCCAAACACCGUGCAGGACUACAUCCUCCCGUUGGUUGUCCGCUACCUCACCGAUACCAACAACCAGGUGCGCAAGACGAGUCAAGCCGCACUGCUCGUCCUCUUAGAACAAGAUCUGAUUGAGAAGAAGGACAUCGAGGAGCAAGUCUGUCCCAUCAUCCUCCAGCUGUCUGGGCAAGGCAGCUCGGAAGACUACCGUAAUGAAGCUGUCGCACUCAUGAGUAAAGUUGCACCGUUGGCUGGCAAGGAUAUCACACUCAACCAGUUUCUUCCCCAGUUCACGGAACUCUGCUCAGAUAGUAUGUUUCAUAUACGAAAGGUGUGUGCCGCCAACUUUGGAGAUAUCUGUAACGUUGUGGGUGAAGAAGCAACAGAAGAUUUGCUACUGCCCAAGUUUGAGGACCUGUGUGAGGAUGGCGUAUGGGGAGUGCGCAAGGCGUGCGCCGAGUGCUUCAUGGCAGUGUCUUGGGCGGUGUCAAAGACUGUACGGGCGGGCAAACUCAGCCCGCUUUUUGUUAAACUGCUCACCGAUCAAUCCAGAUGGGUUCGAAUGGCAGCUUUUCAAACUCUAGGUCCAUUUAUUUCAACCUUUGCUGACCCAUUAGUCUCAGGUGUCCAAGUAGUAUACAAUCCUGAUGGUACAGUUCAAAUCGCUAGUGUGGUGGACAACAACGAAAGCGAAUCAGACGAGGUCCCCUCUCUAGUCUUCUCAGAAUUGCAAUCAUCACAACAGUCUUCCUCCUCAGGUCCUGGCCAGUCUUCAGGCCAGGAUCCCAGAACUCACUGUGCAAUGCAAGCUGUGGCCAUGGAAGUGGAUGAAACGGUCGGUGGAAGCUCGGUUAUGAUGGGCCUGGGUCAGGACAAGGGUGACGUGGUGCCCUUAAAGACUGAGCCGGUGGAGGUCGCGCAAGCGUCCAGCAAUGUCCACCAGGGUCUAGGGCAUGUGGAGUUUACACCGGAGCAAGGGAUGCUGUCAGUCACCCCCGAGAUGUCCAACAGCUACGACUCAUUCCUUUUCUGGCGGAAUCCCAUCCCCGUCAUUGAUGUUCUGCCAGAGAGUGGAGACACCAAAGAGGAUGACCCGUCCUCCGAACGAUUCACAACAGUGGCUGAGUUGACGUUAGAAACCACUGCUUCGAGCAGCGGGGAUGAACAGAAGUCCUCUCCAGAUUCAGGGAUCGCCAGUCCAACAGGGACACCAGACUUGGGAGCUGGCUGUGACAGCGAGAGUGAGCAGACUAAAGAGGCUGACAGAUUAGAUGAGAGCCAGAAGGACCCGACAGAAAUCGGAGAGAGCCUCUCCGAUAUCACAUUGCAAGACACGGCAAGCCAGCCUGCAAAGGAAGUUGACGGCAAUGCAAACGUCAGCGCCGGCGGGCAGAGCGGAGCCUCCCAACCCCUCGGGGAGACUGGGGGUAUGGUGGUGCACAAAGCCAACCUGAACGAGGCAGAGGAGGUCCUGGAGACGGUCUCCAACAUCUGCAGCACACACGUGAUUGGGCAGCGCCUGAACGAGAAGACGCUGACGUUUCGAAACGGCGUCGUGGAGGAGGAAGUAGCCCCAGAAUGGUCAGACUCCGAGCCCUCGGUGAACACAUCUACCGAGCAUCACACACCAGAACGUUCACACCGGCUGGCCCAGGAUGUAAUACCUGCAGAGUUGCUGGACCUGUACCUGUCAAUGACAGACCCCAGCCGGGCCCAGACGGUGGACACGGAGAUAGCCAGACAUUGUGCCUUCAGUCUGCCGGGAGUGGCCUUGACCAUGGGACGUAAGAACUGGAAGUGUCUCAAGGAGGUGUAUGAGACGUUGGCUUCGGACAUGCAGUGGAAGGUUCGGCGCACCCUAGCCUUCUCCAUCCAUGAGAUGGCCCUCAUCUUAGGCGAUGAGGUUACCGCUGUGGACCUGGUACCCAUCUUCAACUCCUUCCUGAGGGACUUGGACGAAGUCCGCAUCGGCGUGCUCAAGCACUUUGCAGACUUUGUUAAGUUGUUGAAGCCUGAGCUCCGCAGGCAGUAUCUCAGUAGAAUGACGGACUUCCUGACGACCGACAACACCCGAAACUGGAGAUUUCGUCUAGAGCUGGCCGAGCAGCUGAUAUUACUCUGUGACAUGUACGAUCCCAGCGACGUCUGCGAACAUCUGUUCCCCAUCGCUCUAGCUCUGGCCGGUGACAGAGUGGCUGAUGUGCGCUUCACUGCCUAUAGAUUGCUUGGGGUGAUCAUGAAGAGGAUAAAUACGGCCGAAGAUCGGACCCUCAUGCAGAACUUCAUCGAUGGCAUCAUCAGCAAGUACGCCAACAGCGACAGAUGGUUUGGCAGGCAAACAUUUAUUCAUCUAUGUCAGAAACUCCUAGAGGUCCAGUCUGUAGAGAACGAACAGUUUGCCGAGAAUCUACUACCCAGUCUGCUGAGUCUGGUCAACGACUCCAUCCCCAACGUGCGCAUCACGCUAGCCAGGUUACUAACUCAGAAUUUACUGCCUGUGGAUUUUUACCAAUCUAUGGCGAAUCCCUGCUAUGAGAAGAUGAUGGAUGUCGUCGGCCAGCUCCAGAAGGAUGUCGACCAGGAUGUCCGCUACUUCAGUAGCUACAACUUCAACAAUGUGCACAACAAGAAUAUUGAUCAUCCUGUAUGAGAGACGACUUGAGGACUCCACCUUCAGCCUGGUUGAAAAGAAGAGACUGGAGGUAACCAUGGACACUGGGUAACCAUGGAGAUAACACUACCAUGAUACGUACAACUAUCAACAAGUUAUCAAAGCUGCAUUAAUAUAUUCCACUCGUUUAUCUCGUUGGGGUUUCUUGAGAUUGGGAGGAGAAUGAAAUUUUUUCACUCUGUCGGAAUGGCAUUUGCAAAACUAAAUACCAAACCGUCCACUUGUCGUUUGAAAUAUUGAACUAAAACGAAUGCGAAUAGUGUCUUUGAAGUUUGGUACAUCUCGGAAUACAAAAGCAAUAUUUUUUUCAGUGCAUCUAUGUAAGUUAGCAAUUAACCAAUUUGCAUGAUGAUCAAACAGAAGGCAAGUUGUUGACGCCAUAAGCAUUUUGGGAAUAAAAUAAAAAAAAGUUGAACCCAUAAUAUCCUGCCUUAAUUCCCUGUGCAUAGAUAUGUAGAAGUAUAGGCAUGGUUGAAAUAUGCAGACAAAAGUAGUUCCCCCAAUUUAAAGAACAUUCCCUGGUUUUUCAUUUUGCACUGUGAACAAAUGUGGCAAAACUUCUGGUAAACCACAAGGACUGCUUUACAUUUCAAGUAUUAAGAAAAUACUUUGGUCACGUCCUACGAUAAUUAGAUUUAGAUGGUCAGUUUCGUCGUAAUUGUUUAAUCUUAAUGCACACCAUUAUUUGAAUAGUAUACGUAAUGUUAUUUCCUUGCAACUGUUCAUACAUCAGGGAUCAUGUCAACUAGAUCAGUAUUUAUGGCGGCAUCCCCACCUCGCAUUGGAAUGUUUCAUUUAAAUAUUACAUGUUAUUUUGUCCCACACUUCAUGAAUAUGUAUCUUUUGUUCUUAAUUAUGUAUAGUGAAAUUGAGAAUUUGAAAUGGUUAAAGGGCAGUGUCUAGCUGAAGCAGCUCUUAUUUCAUGGAAUGUGUGUACUCUCAAAGUAUCGCAUUCCCGUACAACCCUUUCUACAUGUUCUGAACAUCUGCUCACUUUGAAUUUCUGAAGUAACCAUAAGCUUGUUGGUUUUACACACGGUGCUGCCAUCUGGUGGGACGAAUGCGGUAGUUGACCGUAAGCUAAGGGUUCCACAUUGACAUUUGUCCCAGUUCGUUCCUACUCUCUGUUCAUUGCCAUUUCUCUUGUGCAGUGAUGUAGUUGAGUACUUUUUGAGAACCAAGUUCUCUACCAAAUAUUUAACUAGUUAGGAGGGAACAAAG